UCCAGUCCCCGUCGGGUGCGUUGCGCGCACGCAUCCACGUCAUCAUGUCAUUCAACUCUCGAUAAGUGCAAGCGCAACACUAAUUUCACGUACAAAAAAUGAAAUGUGAGUGGACUUUGGAAAAAAUUGUGACACAUUUUUGGAUUGAUGAAUGUCAUAGGAGAACACUGCCGCUUCGCGCUCGUGUGCGUUGUGAUGUGCUGGCUCGUGUCAGUGGUGGUGUGUGCGCCGGCGCAGCUCUGUGCAGGCGCUGCUGAAGACGACCCUCGCGCCGCACGCUUCUGCCAAGCCCUGAACACCUUCCUCGAACUGUACGCUGAGGCCGCUGGCGAACAAGUGCCCGAAUACCAAGCCUUAGUACGUGACUACCCUCAACUCCUGGACUCCGGCAUGAAGCGACAAGACGUUGUGCACUCGUUCCUCCGAUUCGGCCGCCGCCGCUGAUUAUCUGUUAGAAACCUACGAACCGAACCAACGAGGCUUAACAUUAUUUGCAUAUUAAAUUAAUUUAAAUAUAUAACAAUAUUUAUUUCGUCCAAAACAUUUUUGAAGAGUUCCUUUAUUAAUAAGUGCAUUUGGCUGUAUGUUUCAACACCUGUGCAUUGUCAUAUUAAAAACGCCGAAAAAGAUGGACGUGCGAACCUCUCUCUCCAAAUUAAGAUAAAUCGAUGUACUUAUUGCUAAAGUAUUAUAGUGUGUAAGUGUAAUUAACAAAAUUGUUGUCAUUUUUGUGGCGUUUCAUUUGAUAUGUAUUAACAAUAUUAUGAUGUUUUAAAUAAAUAAAUACAUAUUUGUGACAA